AUGGAAACCCUGACCUCCGUUUGGGCCCCCGGCGACCCCUGUGACCUCAUCGAGGCGCCGCACAUUUGGGAGGCCUGUGUGUUCGACAGGGCUCCCCCUGCUGGCGUCAGUUGGUCAGAGCAGCUCUCUCAUCACCUGCAGAGGAACAAUCAGCUGCAGGACACGCUGCUGCAGCGCGAGGAGCAGCUGAGUCGCCUCCAGGAGGAGAACAACAAACUCAGAGAGUUCCUCAACUUGUCCUUGGUCAGGAACGUGCGACAGGAAUGCAAAUUGGACAGGAAGCUGAAGAGGAACCUGGCGUCCGACGAGCGCGCCUCCUUCCAGAACGUCGGUUUUCCGUCGUCCCCUCAGGCCAGCAAACGUGUCUGCAGGAACCUCACCGCCGAGUUCUGCUCAGAGUCGCCGGCCUCGUCGGAGCCGGCUUUGGACCUGUGGGUUCUGAGGACGCUGGGCCUGAAGGACAGGGACACCAUCGACGUGUGCCAGCAGGUUUUAGAAGUCACACCGCCGCCAUCUUCUCGUCCUGCUGAGAGCGGCCCAGAAGGUCCACUAAGUCGUGCCGACCGGACUCGGCGGGACCCCAGCCCCCCGGCACAUAUGUCCGCACAGUUCAGCCAGCCACCACAUUUCUGCUCCUCCGCUCAGCAGCUCCACUCCACCCCCUGGUCCCCUCUGACCCCCAGAGACACCCCAGUCAGUCUGCGUCACGUGUCCCCCCUCCCAAGUCCAGUUCUCGGCCGGUCGGGAGGCGGUCCCUCAUGCCAAUCGGACUUGGCCUUCAGCAUGGCCCUCAGUCCCUCCAGCAGCGUCAAGACCCACAGCUUCCCUCAGGGACAAGCCUUCGUCAGGAAAGACCCUGUGGGACGCUGGAACUUCACCUGGGUGCCCGCGCUGGCAUCCCACAAUGCACUUGGGUGACUUGAACGACACAGGUUAGUGUCGCCUGACUGUGAGGCUGCUAGCUAACAAACACUUGUGCAGCCCUUUGAGACACUUGUGAAUUAGGGUUAUAUAAAUAAACAUUGAUUGAUUGAUUGAUUGAUUGAUAAAACACAACUGCCGAUUUUUAGCUCCAAUAGAAGGAAUGAAACAGUCUGCUGCUAACUUAUGACUUGUCAUUAACUUCUUAUUAGUUUUGUAGAGUAGAAAAAGGCAGUUUAACGCUGCUCUGAUGUGAGGCUAACCCGCUAACUGGCUAAGACGCUAACAAGUAGCAGCACACUUUAAAGGCCUACUGAAACCCACUACUACCCACCACACAGUCUGAUAGUUUAUAUAGCAAUGAUGAAAUAUUAACAUUGCAACACAUGCCAAUACGGCCUUUUUAGUUUACUAAAUUGCAAUUUUAAAUUUCCCGGGAGUUUCGUCUUGAAAACGUUGUGUAAUGAUGUCGUGUACGCAUGACGUGACAGGUCUUUAGGAAAUAUGAGCGCUGCGCACACACACAGCUAAAAGUUGUCUGCUUUAACGGCACAAUUACACAGUAUUUUGGACAUCGGUGUUGCUGAAUUUUUUGCAAUUUGUUCAAUUAAUAUUGGAGAAGUCACAGUAGAAAGAUGGAGUUGGGAAGCUUUACCCUUUAACCACACAAACACACGGUGAUUCUUUGUUUAAAAUUCCUGGAGGUGAAACUUUACUAUGGAUCAGAGCGCGGUCAAGCCAACAUGGAUCACGACUACAUGUCAACCAGCAGGUUUCGGUGAGAAAAUUGUGGUAAAAAGUCGCUUCUUACCGGAGAUCAGCUGAGCUUGUGCCAUCCAUAGCUGCCGUCGACUCCCCUGAAACAUUGGCGUCAACACACCUGUGGACAAACACCUCCGACUAUCAGGUACUAUUUAACUCACUCAAACACUAGCAACACAAUAGAAAGAUAAGGGAUUCCCCUGAAUUAUCCUAGUAAAUGUGUCUAAAAACACCUGAAUCCGUCCCAAUGCAAUCGCGUUUUUUUUUCUUCUAGUCCGUCGCUAUCAAUAUCCUCAAACACGAAUCUUUCAUCCUCGCUCAAAUUAAUGGGGAAAUUGUCGUUUUCUCGGUCCAAAUAGCACUUUUUGUUGGAGGCUCCCAUUAAAAACAAUGCGAAUAUGUGAGGAGCCAUCACACGGGUGACGUCAUCGUCUGCGGUAGAGGCAGGGCUUUUCUCUUUGCACCGAAAGUUGCGAACUUCAUCGUGGAUGUUCUCUACUAAAUCCUUUCAGCAAAAAUAUGGCAAUAUCGCGAAAUGAUCAAGUAUGACACAUAGAAUGGACCUGCUAUCCCCGUUUGAAUAAGAAAAUCUCAUUUCAGUAGGCCUUUAACCAUUAAAAACAUUUUUUUAAACAAUAAACAUUGUCAAAGGAAGACCUUGUUGACAUUAGUAUCUUUGUGGGGUUCCUAAGGAAGUGGUUAGCAUGUUAGCAUGCUAGCUGUGAUUGAUUGAUUGCGACUUUUAUUAGUAGAUUGCACAGUACAGUACAUAUUCCGCACAAUUG